GUGCCCUUGGCUCGAGGGAGGAGCCCGAGUUCGUGACCGCUCGCGCUGGCGAGAGCGUGAUCCUGGGAUGCGACGUGAUCCACCCGCUCACGGGCCAGCCCCCUCCCUAUGUCGUGGAGUGGUUCAAGUUCGGCGUCCCCAUCCCCAUCUUCAUCAAGUUUGGGUUUUACCCUCCUCAUGUUGACCCAGAGUAUGCCGGCCGGGCCAGCCUGCACGACAAAGCCUCCCUGCGCAUCGAGCAGGUCCGCUCCGAGGACCAGGGCUGGUACGAGUGCAAAGUGCUCAUGCUGGACCAGCAGUACGACACCUUCCACAACGGCAGCUGGGUCCACCUCACGGUCAACGCCCUGACCUGCAUGGCAUUUGGGAACCCCAAGCCCAUCGUCACCUGGUUGAGAGAAGGAGACCUUUUGGGUGCCAAUGGCAAGUACCAGGUAGGUGGGUGCCAGGAGCUGGCAGGGGCUGCUGUGGGGGGCUCCCAGCUGUCCUUCCUGCCAGUGGGGCCUCCCUUCAUCGUUUCCCCUCCGGAGAACAUCACAGUCAACAUCUCCCAGGAUGCACUCUUCACCUGCCAGGCCGAGGCGUACCCCGGGAACCUCACCUACCUGUGGUACUGGGAGGAGGAGAACGUCUACUUCAAGAAUGACCUGAAGUUGAGGGUGCGGAUCCUGAUCGACGGGACGCUGAUCAUUUUCCGUGUCAAGCCAGAGGAUGCUGGAAAAUACACCUGUAUCCCCAGCAACAGCCUGGGCCGCUCGCCAUCAGCCUCUGCCUACCUGACAGUGCAGUAUCCUGCCCGCGUGGUGAACAUGCCGCCCGUCAUCUACAUUCCCAUCGGGAUACACGGAUACAUCCGCUGCCCGGUGGAGGCAGAGCCCCCGGUCACACUGGUCAAGUGGAACAAAGAUGGACGUCCCCUGCGAAUCGAGAAGUAUUCUGGCUGGAACCUGCUGGAAGACGGGUCGAUCCGGAUCGAGGAGGCAACCGAAGAUGCUCUCGGCACUUACACCUGUGUGCCUUAUAACGCCCUGGGUACGAUGGGCCAGUCUCCCCCUGCCCGACUGGUACUGAAGGACCCCCCCUAUUUCACGGUGCUACCAGGCUGGGAGUACAGACAGGAGGCAGGGAGGGAGCUGUUGAUUCCUUGCGCUGCUGCUGGAGACCCCUUUCCCAUCAUCGCCUGGAGAAAGGUAGGGAAGCCCAGCAGGAGCAAGCACAACACGCUGCCCGGCGGCACCCUGCAGAGCACAAGCCCUCACGCCCCGACCAGCGUGCACGUUGUGGCCGCCAUGACCUCAGCCAACGUCUCCUGGGAGCCCGGCUACGACGGUGGAUACGAGCAGACUUUCUCAGUUUGGUACGGCCCUCUGAUGAAGAGAGCCCAGUUUGGCCCCCAUGACUGGCUGUCUCUUCCUGUGCCAGCUGGUUCCAGUUGGCUACUGGUGGAUACCUUGGAACCGGAGACUGCGUACCAGUUCAGCGUCUUGGCUCAAAACAAGCUGGGUACCAGCUCCUUCAGUGAGGUGGUCACUGUGAACACUCUAGCAUUCCCUGUAACAACUCCAGAGCCUCUGGUGUUGGUUACCCCACCGAGGUGCCUAACAGCCAACCGGACACAGCAAGGCGUCCUCCUGUCGUGGCUUCCUCCUGCUAACCACAGCUUCCCCAUCGACCGCUACAUCAUGGAGUUCCGCAUCGCCGAGAGGUGGGAGAUCUUGGACGAUGGCAUCCCUGGGACAGAGAACGAGUUUUUUGCCAAGGACUUGUCCCAGGACACUUGGUACGAGUUCCGGGUCCUGGCGGUCAUGCAGGAUCUCAUCAGCGAACCCAGCAACGUUGCUGGUGUCUCCAGUACAGACGUAUUCCCUCAGCCUGAUCUGACAGACGAGGGUCUAGCCCGCCCAGUGCUGGCUGGCAUCGUUGCCACCAUCUGCUUCCUGGCUGCUGCCAUCCUCUUCAGCACACUCGCCGCCUGCUUCGUCAACAAGCAACGCAAACGCAAGCUCAAGCGCAAGAAAGACCCUCCUCUCUCGAUAACCCACUGCAGGAAGAGUUUGGAGUCCCCGUUGUCUUCCGGCAAGGUGAGUCCUGAGAGCAUCCGCACGCUCCGUCCCCCCUCGGAGUCCUCUGAUGACCAGGGUCCGCAGGCCAAGCGGAUGCUCAGCCCCACCAAGGAGAAGGAGCUCUCUCUUUACAAGAAGACCAAGCGAGCCAUCAGCAGCAAGAAGUACAGCGUCUCCAAGGCGGAGGCCGAAGCCGAGGCCACCACGCCCAUCGAGCUCAUCAGCCGCGGGCCCGACGGCCGCUUCGUCAUGGACCCGGCGGAGAUGGAGCCCUCCUUGAAGACGCGGCGGAUCGAGGGCUUCCCCUUCGUGGAGGAGACGGAUAUGUACCCUGAAUUCAGGCAGUCGGACGAGGAGAACGACGACCCCGUCGUCCCCGCCUCCGUCACCGCCCUGAAAGCCCAGCUCACCCCUCUCUCCUCCAGC